AUGUCGAGUCCCCCGCCGGAAGUGGUUUUUUCAAAUGACGUCCGAAACAUGGACGAUUGGGCCAAGCGCACUGGCAUUCCUUUGACCAGCGCUGAUGCCUUAGGAACUAAUUACGCCAGGGCUCGUCGUUGGCUCUUGUCGCUGAAGCAACAGCUCGUCCAGCGUCACGGAUGGCGAGAGGCGUCCCCGCUCGACUCGCGGAUGCUGUUUUCCAUCGAGUGCAGUCCUCCCCAUCGGUCAUCUAGCGGACUUCCACGUUCGCCCAACAUGCGCUUGCAAAUCCCACUCAAUGCGUCAUCAUUCUUCAGCCCAGACCGACGAGUGCAAUGGGAGAUGGUAUUCCACAGUGCCGUCUUUCCUUCCAUGCGUCACACCGUCACCCCGGUCUCUGACCUCCUCCACCUCCUUCAAUGUCUCCUCACCGGUCUCCUCGUUCUCGUCAAGGUAGAACGUGUACCGAACGAGGGCGUGUAUCGGACGAUACGAGGACUCCCGCCCAUCGAAUGGAUCAGUUCUCAUGAGCAGAUGCUCACGGAGGUCUUCGGUUCUGCGCAUUACCGCACGCUGUUCCGUGCUGCGAGCGACAAGCGCAUCGCAUUCAAGCUGGAACACGAGCGGUGA